AUGAAGGCUAUUUUCUUCUUAAUCGCUUUGUUCGUUUUCGGUUUGGUUGUCGAUGUGACGUCGAUGACAACCGAAGAUGACGAAACAGCUGACGAUGAAUUCAAUCACGGAUUCUCAAUGGCCGAUGGAAUUGACGAAGACGAUUUUGAAAGUGAUCCGCAGGUGGAUGACGAACAGGAAAGAAUGGGCGAUCCUCUGCGAGUCCGCAUUCGUAUUCGACGUCCAUUGUACACCCCACCUGUUCUUGGAUUCGGUGGAUAUGCUGGACUUGGUGGGUACGCCGGGCUCGGAGGUAUUGGCCUCUCUGGCGGACUUGGACUGGGUUUCGAUGAUAUCGAAGACAGCAACGUCCGUGCAGAGGAGGACGAAAGUGCGUUAGAUGCUGAUGAUGAUCAAUAUGAUGAGCCUUUACGCUUUGCGGAUGAUCGGAUGGAAGAUGCGGCCAACUUUCGCCGGUUAAAGAUGAAGUCCCGCGUGAGCCCACAAUUGGACAGCAAACGGAUGAGAUUGGCGAUGAUGCGAUCAGAAAUGGCGCGUCUGCGUGGCAUCUACCCUCCGCUUGCCAGUCGUCGGUUCACCUUCAAAGGCAAAUGCUUAUGUAGAUGCCCUUAA